GUUUAGCUUGGAGUGAGAUGUACCUGAAAUACAAUAAUGGUGACGAUCCCUCCCGGUAAGGUCAUUGGAGGAGCCGCCGGCACAGACUGACCCAUGACAAGGGACAUAGUGGAUUUAUCUUCCUGCCUGUUACUGAAGACCCCAGGACUGGCACCGUCAUGCCCCCCCAAGUGAUGCUGGAUUGUUCUGAGGGCGAACGGCUGAGUCCACAAUUAUCCGGAUCCCUUAGAAGGAGAAGUUCCUCCAGACCCAACAGCCAAGAACUGGGCAUAAAGUGCGUCCUGGUUGGAGAUGGUGCGGUGGGCAAGACCAGUCUGGUGGUCAGCUACACUAUCAAUGGCUACCCCACCGAAUACCAGCCCACUGCCCUGGACACAUAUUCGGUUCAAGUGCAAGUGGAUGGGGCACCGGUACGAAUCCAACUUUGUGACACUGCAGGACAGGAGGACUUUGACCACCUCCGCUCGCUCUGUUACCAAGAAACCGACGUCUUCCUGGUGUGCUUCAGCGUGGUGAACCCCAGCUCCUUCCAAAACAUCACGGAGAAGUGGAUUCCCGAAAUCCGCACCCGCAACCCCCACACUCCGGUGGUCUUGGUGGGAACCCAGACUGACCUCAGAGACGAUGUCAACGUUCUGAUUAACCUAAAUAAACUUCACGUCCGACCCGUCAGCGAGUCCCAAGCGCAGGCCGUGGCCCAGAAGAUAAGAGCCCAGACGUACGUAGAGUGCUCGGCGUUGACUCAGAAAAACCUCAAGGAGGUCUUCGACACGGCCAUCCUCAGCGCCAUCGAACACAAGGCCAGGCUGGAAAAAAAGUUGAACUCGAAGGGUUUUAAAAGACUUUCCAAAUGCCGCUGGAAGAAAUAUUUCUGCUUUGUUUGAACCCUUAUAUUAGACAAUGGUGUGAACACGAGCUUGAAGACCACUGGUGAUGAUUGGGAGGUUUUAACAGGUGCUACACCGGCUUCACUUUCACUUUCACUUUUGUGGCUGUCGUGAUACACGCAGGUUCCUGACGGGGCAUCACUUUGACACUUAUCAUUUGUUGACCUGUGAUAUGAAGCUUUAACGCACUGUGAAUGCGAACACAAGAUGUCGGAGAGAGUUCGAUCAACGUGGUCUUCCGAUGGGUCCAAUGGGACAUCCUCCGGAGACCUGAACGGUUCAGAUGCUUCAGCGUCCUAGAAUAAAUGGGACUUAGGGAAAAAAAAAACAUUCUCAAACUAGAUAACUGUGUGUAGGUUGGCCGUGGUCUCAGAUAACGUUCAUCGAAGUCCCUCAUUGGGAGACCUUUGGGAACACAGGUUGUCCCUAUGAAACCAUUUACCAGAAUUUAAGGUCGAUAGCCAAAUUACAUGUCCAUAGCUCCUGCUGUAUGCUGCUAUUCAGUCCUAAAGGGGCACUGGUGCCAGAAAGUUAUACAGAUUUGUAAAAAUCUUAAUCCUUCCAGUACUUAUCAGCUGCUGUAUGCUCCACAGGAAGUUCUUUUCCUUUCGAAUUUCCUUUCUGUCUGACCACAGUGC